CCUUGAGCAUCUGCAGCUGCUGCAGAACCAGGCAUUUCAUCAGCAAAUGUGCAGGUGACCCCAAGCUGGGGUGUGUUGAUGUGCUGGAAGGCAGGAGGGCUCUGCAGAGGGACCUGGCCCAGCUGGAUCCAUGGGCUGAUUGCAAGGGGAUGAGGGUCAAGCAGGCCAAGGGCCGGGUCCUGCCCUUUGGCCACAAGAAGCCCCGUCAGCCCCCCGGGCUGGGGCCAGAGUGUCUGGAGAGCAGGCAGGCAGAAAGGGAGCUGGGAGUGGGGAUGGACAGGAAGCUGAACAGGAGGCAGAGUGUGGCCAGGGGGCCAAGAGGGCCAAUGGAGUGAGGAAGUGUGGCCAAUGUGUGAGGAAGAGUGUGGCAGCAGGAGCAGGGAAGGGAUUGUUGGGCUGGAGUGAGCGCUGGUGAGGCCACCCCUGGAGUGCUGUGUCCAGCUCUGGGCCCCUGAGUUGAGGAAGGCCCUGGAGGGGCUGGAGCAGGAGCAGAGAAGAGCAGCGAGGCUGGGGAAGGGAGUGGAGCACAAGUGGUGUGAGGAGAGGCUGAGGGAGCUGGGGGUGCUGAGGCUGGAGAAGAGGAGGCUCAGGGGAGACCUCCUGACUCUCUGCAAGUCCCUGCCAGGAGGGUGUAGCCAGGUGGGGGUGGGGCUGUUGUGCCAGGAAGCAGCAGUAGGACAAGAGGGCUGGGUCUGGAGCUGUGCCAGGGGAGGUUUAGGUUGGAUAUUGGGAAGCAAUUUUUUGCUGACAGGGUAAUCAGGCCUUGGAAUGGGCUGGGCAGGGAGGGGGUGGAGUCCCUGUCCCUGGAGGUGUUGAAGGUGAGAGUGGAUGUGGCCUCAGUGCCAUGGUCUGGGAAGCACAGCAAGGUUGGAUCCAGGGCUGGACUUGAUGAUCUCGGAGGUCUUUUCCAACGUGGCUGAUUCUGUGAUUCUCUGAUUGCCAUUCCUGUGGCAGCACAUGCUUGAGGCUCCAUCCCCAGGGGGAUAGAGAUGUCUGUCCAUAUCUAUCUCCAAGGUUAGUCUGUAAAUGUGUGGUGUUAGCAAAGCAGGCUGAGUUGUGGGCUGGUUGUAGAAGGAGAAAGAAGCCCCCAGCCCAGUGCAAGCAGGCAGCCCUCAGCUUGCACCUGAUGUCCCCUCCCUGCAGGUUCCUGUCCUUGAGCCCAGGCCCUGAGGUGAGGCUGAGAAUAAGUGCAAGGCAGAGGUGCUGCUGAGGAAGGAGAGCCCCGUGGUGGGGAAGGCACAAAGCUGUGUGUGCCCAUCCCCGAGCAGGUGCUGUGUCCAUCCCCUGUGUGCCAGGAUUUGUCCUUCCCAAAGCUUGGGCAGAUGGAGGAGGCUGCGAGGAAGAGGAAGAUGCCUUGGGCCCCCCAGGCAGGCCCCGAGCUGAGGACAGAGAGCCCAGAGGACAAAUCCCCCCGGCAGAGCCUGGUGGGAGAGGCCGUUUUGAAGGGCUCCCCGGCGCAGGAAGGCAGCGGGGAGGAAAAGGGCCGGAGAUCCCCCCGCAGGAGGGGCUCCAAAGCCAGCCCAGGGUGCUCUGAGGAGGAAAGAGCCAGCCUGUGCCGGGAAGGCGGCCGGAGCUUGAGCCAGAGCUCUGACCUGGUGGUCCCUGAGCAGCCUCCCAGCAGGGAGAAGCCCUUCAGGUGCUUGGAAUGUGGGAAGAGCUUCAGGAAGAGCACGAAACUCCUCGCCCACCUGCACAUUCACACUGGGGAACGGCCCUACACGUGUAGGGAAUGUGGGAAGAGCUUCAGGGACAGCUCCACCCUGAUCCGACACCAGCGCAUCCACACUGGGGAACAGCCCUACACGUGUAGGGAAUGUGGGAAGAGGUUUCAGUGCAGUGGGAAUCUCCUCAGGCAUGAGCAGACACACACGGAUGAGAGGCCCUUCCGCUGCACCGACUGCGGGAAGGGCUUCAACCAGAACUCCACCCUCGUCAGGCACCGGCGCAUCCACAGCAGGGAGAGGCCCUACAGCUCCAGCCCCCGCACCCACCAUCUUAUCCACACUGGGGAACGACCCUACAGGUGCUCGGAAUGUGGGAAGAGGUUUAAGACCAGCUCCAAUCUCCUCCUGCAUGAGCGAACGCACACGGAUGAGAGGCCCUUCCGCUGCACCGACUGCGGGAAGGGCUUUAAGCAGAACUCCCACCUCAUCACCCACCGGCGCAUCCACAGCGGGGAGAGGCCCUACAAGUGUGGGGAGUGUGGGAAGAGCUUCACCCAGAGCGGUAACUUGACCAAACACCAACGGACCCACCAGUAAGGGGAACCCUACGAGUGCCCCGACUGCGGGAAGAACUUCGGCCGCUGCUUCCACCCCGAAUGAACCCCCUGAUGGGGAGGCAACCCCUGGAGUGCAGUGACUGUCAGUCCAUCCCUUUCGACCACAAAGGGCCAGUCCCCUUUCCCAGGGGCAGCUUCUUCCAACAGAACCCUUUCUGGGGGGUGUGUGGAGAUUCCUGCCAUGGCUGGGGACCCCCAAAGGUCACUGCUGGAGGUUGAGAGCAGAGAUCUCCCCACGAGCAUUGGUCUGGGGGAGUUCCAUCCAUCUCUAAUUAAGAAUUAUUGCUUUUGUGCCAGCUUGAGUAGAAUGGCUUCAACAAUUGCUUUAGUGUAGAGCACUGUCCUGUCUUAUCCUGUACUCCUGGUAGUUUUAGUGUUUGUAUUGUGCAGUAAAUAAUUCUGAUGAA